AUGGAUAACGACACUGAUCAAGAUGAUACUAUGUGGCCCCCAGGAACAGUCAGACUAGAGGAUAUUCACCAAUCCAGAGGCCAACUAGUCCUAUUCCCAACCCCAUCAGCCGACCCCAAUGAUCCUCUUAAUUGGUCCAAAGCUCGCAAAGUGCUCAACUUCACCCUUGUUAGCUUCUUCGUGCUAUGGACCUUUGUACAACUUGACAUCGGCUUCACAGCAUGGGGCCCAAUGCAAGAGCAGCUCAAUUUCUCAGUUGAUAUACUAAACGCCGGAGCAGCCGUUAACUACGGUGGUCUCGCCGUAGGCUGCAUCUUCUUCAUGCCCUUACUUCACAAAUACGGCCGACGCCCAAUCUACAUAUUCAGCACUGCCAUGCAAUUCGCAUCAUGCAUCUGGCAAGCCCAGACACACACCACAGGCGAUUUUGUAGGCAGUAACCUGAUCUCCGGGAUCGGCGGUGCAAUCAGCGAAAUCAUCGUGCAGAUUACCAUCGCCGACAUGUUCUUCGUGCACCAGCACGCCACAAUGAACGGCUGGUAUGUCGUAGCCCAGUUAACAGGGGCGUUCCUUGGUCCCGUGGCAUCAGGAUACAUCGUCGUCUCACAAGGAUGGAGGUGGAUGUGGUGGUGGUGUGUGAUUUUCUUCGGCAUCACACUACUCUGUGUGGUAUUCCUUUUUGAGGAGUCGAAAUAUAUCCCCGUGCUGAAUGGUCGCGACACUACCGCUGCACAAGAGACUAGUGAACCGUCCGAGCCAGUCAAGGAUGGGGAUAUAGUAGAUGCAAAGAGUCCCGAUGAGAUGAUCGCUGAGCGUGUAUCGACUAACCCGGAUAUUCAGAUGAAGUCUUAUUUCCAGCGCAUGGCUUUGAUCACCCCCACGGAUGAAUUGCUGUGGCCGCAUUUCUAUCAACCCAUCAUCACGCUCUUUACCUUCCCAGCUGUUGGUUAUGUAGCUAUCACAUAUGGAUCUGCCUUGAGCUGGUUCGCGAUCAUGACUUCGCUACAGGCUUCUUACAUGAUUCUACCGCCUUAUAACUUCGACGCUAUUGGGGUUGGGCUUAUGAAUGUGGCUCCGUUUGUCGGCGGUGUUCUCGGUUUUCCCUUUGGUGGACAUCUGAGCGAUAGAUCUAUCCUGUGGUUAUCCAAGCGCAAUGGUGGUAUCUAUGAACCGGAGAUGCGCCUUUGGCUUGCUCUGCCUGUUGCUAUUGUUUGCCCUGCGGGAGUACUGAUGUUUGGCUUGGGCCUUGCCUAUGGUGCGCACUGGUCUCUUCUCGCUGUUGGAUUUGGCUUCUUCGGAUUUGCACUCUCUGCCGUUAGCGGUAUCACGCUUUCGUAUCUUAUGGAUUGCUAUCAGGACAUCAUUGGCGACGCAUUAGUUGGAGUGGUUUUCAUGAGAAACAUCUUCUCAGUGAUUGUACUUUUUGCAUUAACACCUUGGACCGAGGGAAUGGGAAUGCGAGAUUUGCAUAUCCUGAUUGCUGUCAUUGCGUUCGUGAUUUUGUUGCUCCCUAUCCCACUUCUCAUCUGGGGUAAGAAAGCUAGGAUUUCUACGGCACCGAGUUACAGGAAAAUGGCGACAAAGCAGCUUAGCCAUCGGACUGUUUAG